ACAGGAAGGAGAGGGACACAAGAGGGAGAGGGGAGGGACACAAGAGGGAGAGGGGAGGGAGGAGACAGAGGACGGUCUGCUACAGAGGGAUCAAGUUACAAUGGAAGAACUAAGAAGUGAAUGGGACGGUGCCACCAGCUUUGCCGCCGGUGCCGUGAGCGAGCGCUGGUGGAGCACCGUUAGCCGUCAGUACACUGAGGAAGGCAGAGUGUAUCACAGUCAUGCUUAUCUAGCCCAGUUAUUUGCUCUUUAUCACCAGCAUGAAGAAAGGCUCACUAAUCCUCAAGCUGUGGCACUGGCCAUAUUUUUCCACAAACUGGAGUACAACCCUCGCUGUGGUGACUCUGACGUUAAGAAUAUCGAGAGGUUUGAUGAAUUCAUCUUGGAAGCAGGAGAAGGCCAACAGGACUCUUCUUUGGCCAUAGCAGUACGGUCACUCUUGGAAGCUUCCGUGAGCAACUUGACAGAUGCCCACAUGAUGGAGGGAGGAUCUGGCUCAGAUGAUGUCCACUACUUCUUGGACUUUACUACGGCAGUGUUAGGGACCCCAGCACCAGAAUAUGAUCAGUACACUACUAAAAUCCAAGCUGAAUACAUUCAUCUUCCAACAACUUCAUAUAAUCAGCUAAGAGUUAAAGUUAGUAAGCUGCACUGUUUAUUGUCUUUCAGGAUGACAUUAGGGAAUUUAUUACAUAAUUUACAGUUAUCUCCCAAUAUGUUCUGCAAUAGAUAAAGUUAUAAUUGUGUUUAUUGUUUAGGUAAUAUUUAUUAGGUAUUGCAGUGGGGACUUUCCUAAUUAUGAGAAUUUGUAGCUCAUUCUACAUUGGUUUGUGUCCUUAAGGAAAAAAACAAAACUCA